CUAUUACCAAACAAGAAUAAAGUGUGUUUCCAUAUUCUUUGGUUGAAUACCAAACAUUUCUUUCCUUUCCCCAAAAUAUGGACAUCCCCCACACAUCUACCUUUCUUAUCAUGUUUUCUAAUCCAGCUAACCAUAACAUUGAGAACCUAUUAAAAAAAUGCACCAUUAAAGCACUAAUGGAUGUGGACCGGCCAGUAACAAACUUUCUUGAUUUCAUCAUCUUGUCGAGAGAGAUUGGUAACCAAUCUCUGUUGUUGCAUAAAACUGUGGUUGGUGGUGAAAUUUGUACUAACAAACACAGAAAAUGGGAGUUGCAAAAGAGCAGCACAUAGUAAUGCUGCCAUUGAUGCCCCAAUGCCAUCUCAUCCCAUUCUUAGCCUUAGCCAACCAAAUCACCCAACGCUUCCCCUUCAAAAUCACCAUCGUCACCACCCCUCUCAACCUCCGCUACCUCCAAACCGCCGCGUCCAACCACUCCCCCCAAAUCCACUUCUCCGAGCUCCCUCUCAACGCCGCCGAUCACGGCCUCCCCCCGAAAACAGAGAACACCGAUGCCCUGCCCCUCAACCCGGAGAAGUGCCUGGAGUGGCUUGAUUCCCACUCAGAAAACUCCGUUGUCUAUAUCAGCUUCGGGUCGCAGAACACGGUGAGCCAGCAUCAGAUGAUGGCGCUGGCGUUGGGGUUGGAGGACAGCGGCCGGCCGUUCAUCUGGUCGAUCAGGCCGCCCACGGGCUUCAACUCGAGGGACGAGUUCAAGCCCGAGUGGCUUCCCGAAGGAUUCGAGGAGCGAGGGCAGGGGCUGGUGGUGCGAUCAUGGGCGCCGCAGCUGGAGAUAUUCUGCCACCGGUCAACGGGAGCGUUUGUGAGCCACUGCGGAUGGAAUUCGGUGGUGGAGAGCUUGAGCCAGGGGGUGCCGAUCAUCGGGUGGCCGCUGGCGGCGGAGCAGGGAUACAAUGCGAAGAUGCUGGUGGAGGAGAUGGGGGUGUGCGUGGAGAUGACGAGGGGCGUGGAGAGCCAGAUUAGUAGAGAGGAUGUGAAGAGAGUGAUUGAGGAGGUGAUGGACGGAGGAAGUAAAGCGGUGGAGAUGAGGAAGAAAGCGGUGGCGGUCGGAGAGUUGAUCUGAGCUGCCUUGACCGAGGAAGGUGGGCGUAAGGGUUCUUCGCUUAAAGCUUUGGAUGAUUUUGUGGACACUCUUCUCUCUCUAACGCCUAGUGUUUGAUUAUUCUAGUUUAUUUUCCACUAAUAUUAUUACUAUUGAUUUAUUACAAUCAUCUGAUUUGAUUGCAGCAUUACUAAGGUGGAAGAGGGUCUUUUAAACUUUUAGGGGAGUGUAUUAUUUGGCGUUAUUAUUGAAGUAAUUUUUUGCUUGAAUAAUACUCCCUCCAUUUCCACAGGAGUAGGAUUAUUUUCCUAUUUUGAUGAUAAGUGGAAUCAUUUACAUUUUUAAUAAAAAUUAACACAUUUCUUUA